UCUAUUUUCGUUCAUUUCAUGUACCAUCGGUUUCAGUAUUUGAUUUUCUUUUUGUCAAUUUUAGUUGUAAUAAAAAUGAUUCUACUUUUGAGCAUAACUGUGAUUUCGUUUCUGAUAACAUUUAUCCAUUUCAUCACGAAGCCAGUUGUUGCACUGUUGACAUCAGCUUCGGCCGAAGAAAAACAAUUGAUUGCCGAAAUUUCCAAAUUAAAAGAAGAAUUGGAAAAUAUUUCGUUGCGUCAAGAGUACACCGCUUAUGUGAAAAUCGAACGAAAAAUUGUCGCUGCACAAGCCAAAUUAAACGAAGAACGAAAUUUACAUCAGACAAAAAAGCUCAUGUACCAGUAUGGGAUACCAUAUGGUUUCCAAGCUCUGCUCUCAGUCAUACUCAUUUUGAUUACCGUUUUUUAUCGUUACACACCAAUUAUCGUGUUCAAUGGAUCUCAGCACAAUUUCAUACCAUUCGGACCGAUUUUGAGAUUUCCCACUGGAAUCGAUGGUGCCGUUUCUGUACCAUUUUGGAUAUUUGUGAAUAACUAUGUAUCACGCCAUGUCGCUUCUUAUGUUAAGUAAAUAAAGAAAACAGUAAAUGUUUAAGAUAUUUGAAGAGAAAGAGAGAGAGAGAGGAAAUAAAAUAAAAUAGUGACUAAAGGGAAACCAUAACAAAUUCUACCGAAA